AAAAUGGAGGACGACAACGCAGAUACAGCUUUGGAUCCAGGAGCUUCUGCUGCCGCAAAGAGUGUUGUUACGAGUUUCAACAAUGGUGACAGCUUCAAGGAGCCAACUUUCAUCUUGGACAAGUUUCUGAAUAAACAUUUGCGCUACACAAGGAAAAGGAUUGUCUACCACCCAAGUGAGAUAACAACGCUUUGUCUGACUGCUGAGAAUUCAAUCAAGAAACAUUACAAGGAUGAUAGCUGCAUUAUAAAAAUUUGACAUUUGCCCCUCUACAUUGUUGGGGACCUUCACGGGGAUUGGCGACAACUUUUGCGAAUCUUAAAUGCUUGCGGAGCGCCUGGUGAAAAGGCCUAUUUGUUUUUAGGAGGUGAGAGGAGAGAGUUUGCGAAUUUUAAAGGAGAAUUAUUAUCUAUUUUCAGACUGUCGAUCGCGGUAAUCGUUUGGUUGAGGUUGCUUGUU